CGGUAUGUGCUGCACAGAUCUUGCAAUGUUGCGAUGUACACGAACGCUAAACAAUCGGAUGUUUGCGAUGUGCAGUGACUGCAGUCUGCUGAACUGCUUCUUCGAUUUUAUUUCUUUUUCAUUCUGUUCAUUUUUUAAAAUUCCAUACCAUACCACGUCAGCCGGUUGCACGGGAUUGCAAUCUGCCGAUUGCUUGUAGAGAAACUGUUUAUUUAUUUAUUUGUGCAUGUUAAUUUUCCUGUUUGGUCUUUAAGAAAGACGUAUAAUUCGGAGAAUACAAAGGAUAAACUUUAUUUAAAAUUAGUUCAGCUAAAAUUUCCAGCAGUUUUCUCAGCAGCCAAACAGAAGUGAUGAUAAAUCCAAUACGAAUCGUAAGAUCGAGUUCGAUCGAACCUGAUGACGUCACAGAAAGCGACAGAAGGAAAGGCCGUUGGUUGCAAAAACGAAUUUGCGUAGAGAAAUAGAGUAGAGGGAGUUCCGAGCAGAGGAGUCGGAGUGGAGUUCUCCUAUAGACUCAAGCCCUCGGUUUCACACACCACCACACCUAUUAAAGUGGCGCCUACGUGGCUUUAAAAAAACAAAAAUAAAAAAGAAAGGGACAAAGAUGGUCUGAAAUUGAAUUCAGAGUCUCAGGCCCUCUCCGUCUCACAUUUCACCGAGCUCCCUACCCUAACUUCAGAUCUUAGAGCUUCGGACGGCUGGAUCACCGCCCACAAUCCAAGAUUUUAGUUUCGGCUUUGUCCUUUUCAAAUUCCCACGAUGAAUUAAAUGCUGAAGCCACCAUUUUCAGUUUCGGCUUCGUCAUCAUAGGUGCAGGUUUCUCUCUCGCUCGUAAUGUGCUCAACUCGUAUGAAUUAGUGGAUUUGUUGCUGUCUGUGUGAGGUUUGAAGCCCUCAGUUUCUGGUGGUUUUGAAUUGUGGCUUCUUUUUGGUGGUUUUGUUUAGGAUACCUGACAUUUAUGAUGUGUGAGAGUCUCUUGUAUAUCACACCAUGUACAACAAUUAACUCCAGUAGCAGCCUGCAAGCAUUCAUCUAACUUCAGUAGAGGUUUUAUAUAACCAAACACAACGUCCGCGGCCCGCAAGCACUCAUCUAGUCAUGCCGUCUCCUUCUCAACUCCAGUAGCAGCAACGUCGAUAUCCUUUCCCGCCACAUGCACGAAGCCGCCGUUGAUCUUCUCUUCAGCCAGCAAGAUGGCUAUUUGAUCUGAUCAUCUUCUUUCAACUACGGGUCAUGGUUCUUGACAUCGAUUAGGAGCUUGAGUUUGAUUAGGCGCUUAUUUGUCGAAACCAGCAGCUGGGUCAUCCUCUCUGCCAUUUGCUGCCGUCGUCCAGAGCUGGAUCACACAGAUUUUAUACUGUCUUCUCCAUCUGGGUUGUGAUUUCCAUCAGCCCCUCUACAUCCAUCACAGCCACUUUGUCACUGAUUUAGGUGGACAAAUCACAAGUAAUGUAGGAAAAAUUCAACUCUGGAGUGAUGGACUCGAACGUAUCGCACAUUGAGGAUAAAGAAGACACUUUUUGUGAACCGGAUGGGAAGGAAGGAGAUGAAGGAGACAAUGUUGUUGAAGAACCAAAGGUUGGAAUGAUAUUUUCAUCAGAGGAAGAAGUGAGAUUGUAUUAUACCAACUACGCAAAGCGUAUGGGUUUCGGUGUUUCGAAAAGAAGUUCCAAUGUCGGAGAUGAUGGGAGAUUAAAAUAUUUCACUCUUGCAUGUGUUCGGCAAGGCACAUCAAGGAGCAAGGCAUCUAAUGUUCUUAGGCCAAGAUCAGUGGAGAAAAUGGGAUGCAAGGCCAAGAUAAAUGUCACAUUGACAGCUGAUGGAAAAUAUACAUUGUCUAGUGUCGUUCUUGAACACACACAUGCUUUAAGUCCCGGGAAGGCCAUAUUUUUUAGAUGCCAUAAGAAGCUAGGUGAUAGUAUCAAAAGAAAACGUGAAGUAAAUGAUGCGGCUGGAAUCAAAGUGCAUAAGAACUACAAGUCAUUUGUACAUGAACCUGGGGGUAUGAGAAUCUUUCUUCUGGCGAAAAAGAUUGCUGCAAUGAAAUGGGGAAGGCAAGACGACUUCAGCUUGCUGUAGAAGGUGUCGAAGCUCUACGAAAUUAUUUCAUUAAAAUGCAAGAGAAAAAUGAUCAGUUCUACUACAUGAUAGAUGUGGACGACGAAAGCCAACUAAGAAAUGUUUUUUGGGCAGAUGCUCGAAGUAGAGCUGCAUAUGAUUCUUUUGGUGAUGUGAUAACAUUCGGCACCACCCAUCUAAACAAUGCAUAUAGGAUGUCAUUUGCUUCUUUCGUGGGAGUUAAUCAUCAUGGCCAGUUAAUCCUUUUUGGGUGUGGAUUAAUAUCCAAUGAGGACACAGAAACUUUUGUGUGGUUAUUUGACGCAUGGCUGAAAUGUAUGAAUGGACAGGCUCCAAGUGCAAUAAUCACAGACCAAGAUAAAGAGAUGCAAAAUGCAAUUGCAAGGGUGUUCCCGAGAUCCCGACACAGAUUUUGUUUGUGGCAUAUCAUGAAGAAACUUUCAGAAAAACUUGGAUCACACUCUCAAUAUGAAGCUAUCAAGCGUAGUAUGCAAGGUUUUGUCUAUGACUCCUUGAGCUGUGAGGAGUUUGAACAAAAUUGGAAAUGCUUGCUUGACAGUUACAACCUCCGUGAUAACGCAUGGCUGGAUUGGAUCUAUGGUGAGCGGCAUCUUUGGGUACCGGUCUAUGUAAAAAAUACAUUUUGGGCUGGGUUGUCUACUACACAACGAAGUGAAAGCAUGAAUUAUUUCUUUGAAGAUUGUGUGAACUCAAAGUCCAUGCCCAAGCAAUUUGUUGAGCAGUAUAAUAAUGCCUUGAGGAGAAAAGUAGAGAAUGAAAACGCAGCUGAUUUUAGUUCCUUUGGUACUGCAAUCCCAUGUAUUAGUCAUUAUCCUAUUGAGAAACAAUUUCAGGAACUUUACACCAAUGCCAAAUUUAGAGAAGUCCAAGAUGAGUUCAAGGGAUUGUUGUAUUGUUGUGCAGCGUUGGUUACAUGUGAGGGUGCAAUGUAUACUUAUCAAGUUCGUGAUGAGGUGAAGGGUUUUGAGGGUUUCAUAAAAAGGACAAACUUUUGUGUUUCGUUUAAUGAAGCUGAUUUUGAGGUGAAAUGCAGUUGUUGCCUGUUUGAGUUUAGAGGUAUCUUGUGCAGACAUGCACUUCGUGUGCUUACUAAUCUAGAAAAACAAUUGUUGCCGCCAAAAUAUAUUCUUGAUCGGUGGAGAAAAGACUUGAAACGGAGAUAUACAUUAGUCAAGAGUAGUUAUGACGAUUUGAGUGACAGCCCUGCAGCACAGAGAUUUGAUAGGCUAACCCAGUUUUUUGCUGAAAUUGCAUCCCAAUCAUCAGAAAGUGAGGCGAUUUGUGGAGAGUUGAUGCGGCGAUUGGAGCUAUUCCAAAGUGAAUUCUUGCAUCAUCGAACAAAGCGUGAUAUGAGUCCAUUAGCCCGUCAAAGUGAGAUAUGGAGCAUGCAGAGCAAAUCUUUUAUGUGAAUCCUACACCUUGACAUGGAUGUUAUUAGAUUUAGAUAAAAUUGGAAGCAAGAUGUUGUUGGGUGGAGUAUACUUUGUACCUCUCAUUUAUAAUGUAUAAAAAAAAAAAAAAAAAAAAAAAAAAAAAAAAAAAAGGCCUAGAUUGGGUAUCUCAAGCAAAAUAAAAGGUCAAGUGGUGUUAUCACUUUCUUAAUCUA